UCCAGUAUUAUGGAAUGUAUAUGGUGACUGUGAUAAUUAUGCCACACUGAAAGGACAUAGUGGAGCAGUUAUGGAGCUACAUUACAAUACUGAUGGCAGCAUGCUGUUCUCUGCCUCCACGGAUAAAACGGUAGCAGUAUGGGAUAGUGAAACAGGAGAGAGAGUGAAGAGACUCAAAGGACACACAUCAUUUGUGAACUCCUGUUACCCAGCAAGACGUGGACCUCAGUUGGUUUGUACAGGCAGUGAUGAUGGAACAGUAAAGUUAUGGGAUAUCAGAAAAAAAGCUGCUGUUCAGACAUUUCAAAAUACCUAUCAAGUAUUAGCAGUGACAUUCAAUGAUACAAGUGAUCAGAUCAUAUCUGGAGGCAUAGACAAUGAUAUCAAGAUUGCAUAGUUGUUUGUUUUUAACUGCUUCGAACUGCUGACUUCGAUUUAUGGUGAUCCUAUGGAUGAGACACUUACAAGUCACCCUGUCAUCAACAGCACUUUUCAGGUUUUGUAGACUCAGGGGUAUCUUCCUUGAUUGAGUCUAUCCAUCUGUAGUGCAGUCUUCUCCUACUGCCUUCUACCUUACUAAGCAACAUUGUCUUUUUAGUGAGUCAUAUCUUCUCAUGGUAUGGCCAAAGAAUGAAAGUCUCAGUUGAGUCAUCUU